AAGUUACAAUGCUGUUGAAUUUGUACACUACAGAAAAGAAUGAAGGUUUCACUUUUGCUUGUAUUAAUCGUGAUCACGUGGUGUAUGAUUGACGAAUCGGAGGGUGCAAGGAGGAGACGCCGAUUUAGAAGAGUAGCCAGACGAGUCUGUGGCAUAGUCUGUAGUUACAAAUGUGUAAGAUAUUGUUCAAAGUGUGCACCAGUAUGCCCUAAAGUUUGCAAAAGAGUUUGUGGAGGAAAAAGAAGCGAGGUGUCUGGUAGUUCCCCACUACCUUGUAACUUUGCUGCCUGGGACAAGAACGGGGACGACCAUGUUGAUUUGGAGGAGUUUUCAUCUGUAGCCUAUCCUAACGUUAAAGAGGGGGAUUUAGCGCUAGCCUUCAAAUCUACAGAUAAGGACGAAAACCAACAAAUUUCGAAGUCAGAACUACACAAAGCUGAGAUAAUGUUUGGAAUAUGUUAGAUAAAUAAAGCACAUACUGUGUCAUUGUCAUGUGAUUGUAACAGACUGUUGACAUGUCCAUAGGCGACUAUUGGCCUCCGAGAAGAUGACAAUCUUAAUGAAAGGUUUAGCCUAGCAUACGAUCAAUACACAGGUCAGUCCUCCAAAUGUUUGAUACAUGUACGGACUUACUGGGAUAAUAAAACGGCCCCAAACUGGAUGUAGAGAAGAGUUAAUACAUCAUGUAAAAUUAAGUCUAUUCAACAUAACUUUUAACACACAAAUUGUAGUUUACAUUCUAGAUAAAAUCGAAACUUAUCCACAGACACGUAACAUCGUGGAUAG